AAGCCAAAGAGUACUCGAGCGCGCACAGCUGCCGAAAAAGUAGAAACGGACAACCGAUAACCGAAACGCACAGUGAAACGCCUGAGCCAAGUUAUAAACGUUUGCUUUGGCUUAGUUAUUUUCCCUACCGAUUUUUGCAGUCGUUAUUUGCUAGAUGCAUUGUUCAAUUGUAGUGUACGACUAUCGGGACUGACGGUUUGACCCGUCCCUACGCACAAACCGAAAACAAUUCGAGCAACCGACCAUCGAAGUCUUGGCAUUAGCAUUAGUGUCCGUCACGAACCGUAUUUGUGACCGCGUGCAUCGCAACACAAUAGCAAGAAUUAUAUUUUACGUACGAAUUGACAUACCGCAAAAUUGCAAAAACAAAUAAGUUCUUCAUAGAAAUAAUAAUAGAAACGAAACAAAAAAUAAAGCGAAAAAAAACCGAAACAGUGGUAGCAGUGGUAAAGCAAACACCAAAGCCAACAAGAAGUGUAAAGUGUAUUGAAGUGACGUCGAAGAAGAUGAGUGAAUGAGGGAGUGCGCGCAAUUGAUUUCCAAGUCUUGAAUUAAACUUACAAAUUGACAAAAUUGCUACCUGGCUGAAUUAAAGCUGAAAAUACCAGCUACUAUCCAGGUGCAUGCGCUCUGCCGACAUACCAACAGCUCACUUCCCAACGAGUGUAACUUUUUACGCGCAAGCAGGCAUAGCAAGUUAGCGCGAAUAAAAAUGUGAAUUUCUGUAUUUAUGUAAAAAUAAUUACCUGUAAUAAAAAACAAAAAAAUUCAAGUAGAAAACUGAUUUUUUAGUAAAGACACCAACCGAAAGUUCAUCCUUUCAAACACUUGUAAUAAGGUGCCGACUUCAGUCCGCCGCGAAGUCAGUGUUCGCGACGUCUAAUUCCGUCGGAAGUUUGAAAUUGUAUUAUUUCAUCCGCGCGACCAGUGAACAGCCGCCAACAUAACGGCGCAAUUGUUAAACAGUUUCCUGAAGGGAUCGCCCCACCAGACGACGAUCGACAUCAUGCAAAAACUCUACGCGGAGGCGCCGAGCAACGGGCCUCCGGUUAGCAUGAGCAGUAGCGUCGGUGCUGGUAGUGGUGGUGGCUCAAGUAGCGUCGGUGGUGGCACAAAUGCGGGCGGUGGCGGAGGCGGCGGUGGGAGUGGUGGCGGAAAUCCCUCGAACCCUCACCCAAACAACCCGACCAGCAAUGGUGGCACAAUGAGUCCGCUCGCACGCAGCGCUUAUACCGCAAUGAAUUCCAUGGCAAUGCCCGUCGGUGGUAUGUCUUCAGUUUCGCCACAAACCGCCGCAUUUGGUGCAUUGGAGUCUGCAGCAGCGGUGGCAAGCAUGAGCGGCAGCAUGGGCGCCGCAGCUGCUAUGAAUUCAAUGGCAGGUAAUUGCAUGACACCGAGUUCGAUGAGUUAUGCCUCAAUGGGCUCACCGUUGGCCAACAUGGGCAACUGCAUGGGUGGUGGCAUGUCGACGAUGGCUGCCAUGGGUGGUUACUCCUCCAUGGCAGCUGCGGCCAGUGCACGUGAGCUGGACACAGGGUCGCCGAACUCGCUGAACCGAGCACGCAUCGAUAAGCCGACUACCUAUCGCCGGAGCUACACACACGCCAAACCGCCCUACUCUUACAUCUCGUUGAUCACAAUGGCGAUACAAAAUAACCCGUCACGCAUGCUCACACUGUCCGAAAUCUACCAGUUUAUUAUGGAUCUAUUUCCAUUUUAUCGCCAGAAUCAGCAACGUUGGCAAAACUCUAUACGUCACUCUUUAUCGUUCAACGAUUGCUUCGUGAAGAUACCACGCACACCAGACAAGCCGGGCAAAGGUUCCUUCUGGACGUUACACCCAGAUUCGGGCAACAUGUUCGAAAACGGUUGUUAUUUGCGGCGCCAGAAGCGUUUCAAGGACGAAAAGAAGGAGGCGCUGCGUCAGCUGCAUAAGAGUCCGUCGCACAGCAGUCUCGAGGCGACAAGUCCUGGCAAGAAGGACCACGAAGAUUCGCACCACUUACAUCACCAUCAUAGCCGCCUGGAUAAUCACCAGCAGCAUCAUCACAGUAAAGACGUGACGGGCGCAGCAGUGGGAGGGCCAGGCAGUGUGCUCAGUAGCGCCGUUAGCCGAGAUCAGCUGGCGAUGAUGCAAGCAAACGCAGAGCUUUGUUUGGGCCAACAGGCGGCACAGCAUGUGCCCAGCCAUCACCAUCAACAACAUCACCAACUGCAGCACGAAGAGCUAUCGGUAAUGGUGAAUAGGUGCCAUCCAUCACUGAUCAGCGACUACCACCCUUCCAUGCAUCAUCUGAAGCAGGAGCCAUCCGGUUAUACGCCAUCCAGUCAUCCCUUCUCCAUUAACCGGCUCUUACCCGAGUCCAAGGCAGACAUCAAAAUGUACGACAUGAGCCAGUAUCCCGGCUACAAUGCACUCAGCCCAUUGACGAACUCACACGCGGCCUUAGGACAAGAUUCAUACUACCAGAGUCUCGGUUAUCAUGCGCCAGCCGGCACGACCAGUUUGUGACAUCACCAGUACCCAUUGGCUUAAGGGCGAGCUGACCAGAUGCUGCGAAACGUGAAUGUUAACGCCGCUAGUGGUAGCAGCAGCAGCAUCUUUGGUAGUGCCGCCGCAGCUGCAGCGGCGGCUGCUGGUCUAAAUACGCUGCACAACACCAACAUUGGCGGCAAUAUUGGAAGCAGUAGCGGCAGUGGCAGCGGCACCGGCAACGGCAAUGGGAAUACACAUGAAACACACUUGGAUCAACAUCACCAUCAUCAUCAUCACACCGCCGCCCACCAACUCCAUCACCAACAGUUGACGCAUCCACAUGCGGCACAUCAGCUGAUGCAGCAACAGCAACGCAAGGCAUAUAUUAAGUCAAUGCAACAACACUACCAACAACAGCAACAACAGCAUAGCGCCAGCAGCACUGGCAGCUCGAGUGCGCACAAGCUAAGCGCACAUCAGCAACAAUUGCUGCAGAGCCAAUUGACGCCACCAGAGCUGCAGGAUGAUGCAUCGAACAUUACAACCGAUUUGAAUGAGGAACAGCAGUUGCAGCUACAGCAGGCGGCACAACAACAACACCAGCAACUUUACAAUAAUUACCAACAAUAUGCGGCGGCUGCCUCCUACCGAAACUGGAACCACGGGCUGGCGCUGAACGGUGCGGCGGCGCUGCAAAACCUGCUCUAGUGCUGGGAACACUAAGAACCGUAUGCGAGUAUUGACAAAACGUGGCUUUGUUGUCUGGCUGUACGCUUCUAAAAGGCGCGGAGAAAAGCGGUGGAAAUACUACAAACGCGCGAUAAAUGAAGCAAUUAGCGAAUAUUUGCUGGCGCGCGUGCAAAACCAGCAAGCGCAGGCGUGCGGGUGGAGUUUGCAGGUGAGCCCAAGAAAGGCGCGCAUUAGGUGAAGCCGGCUCACAUGUCUUCUUUGGCGAAUUUAAGCUCGCAAAGGGUGAUCCGCAGUGUUGAAGGUCAGCGUGCGGGCGUUUGAUGAUAUGCGAUGGCAGCCAGCACCUGCGCAGAGAAGCUGGCCGCAUCUUAUAGAUCUCCGCGCAAAAUAUCAACGAAGCAGACAUAGACGUAUAAAUUUAAGUUCUACAUUUUUGCUUUGCGACUGGCGUUCAAAGCUCUGCUUUUGUGACUUGUAAAAAUACUAUAGAUCGAUUUAAGUUUAUAUCUCCGAUUAGAUUUGCAAUGUUUGAGCUCAUAUGCUUGUGAUCUGACUCAUUUGAGCAUAUUUGCUUGCCUGCAGAUACAUAUAUAUGCCCAUAUGCAGUACUUUUAUGCGGAGCAGGAUUUUUUCUUUAUGUAAACAGCAAUCAAAAGUGAUGUAGUUGUAAGAGAAAAUGUUUUCCAAUUAACAAAAAAAAAAAACAUACAAAAAAACGAACUCAAACGCAAACACGAAUAUAAUAAAUGAUAAACAUUCUUAUUCACAGUCCGAUAUUUGUUACAUUGAAAAUCGAAAAAAUUCGCUGUAACUGUAUUCAAAUACGUACGUCUGCUUUGGUUGUACGUAUGUAUGUGUGCACAAAAUACGAGCAUUUUCAAAAAUUCAUUGAUAGAGCCCUGGUAGGUUCUCGGUUUGACACAAAUUUCGUGCCAUUUAUAAAAAAAAAACUAAUCUAUGUAUGUAUAUGUAAAGGAGGAAAACGCGAGCGCGAAAGUAGAAAAAAAAACAUUAAACAAAAACAAGUUUUAAUUGAAAUAACCAACAUUUUUUUAUAAAAAAAUAUUAUAUAAUUUGUAAGCACUGUAUAUUUCACUUAACUUUCUUUUUUAUUCAUACAAUACAAUAGUUUCUAAGCAAAAUGUUUCUAAUUAAUAUUUACUUAUACUAGUGUAGAAAUGUUAUACUCCUAACACUAUGCUAUGUCCGCUGUAAAACACAGUGCAAGUGCAAUUGAUGUAAUUUUACAAAAACACAAAUAUUUUAUGUUAAGUUAACAGCCAUGGGGCUGUCAAUGGGAAAUUUGCGUGACCGCUUGUCGAUCGACGCUAGAGACCAAAUUCGAAUGGAAAUGAUCAAAAACCAAAAAAUGAAUCUUCAGCAAAAUUUCUACAAUUAAAAUAAUUUUACUAUUAUUAUAAUUUUUUUUAGUGUGAAGCACUUUUCAUAUUUUAUCUACAAUAAGUUAAUAUU